AUGCACGGGAACAGUACAGAGCGUCGUGGUGAACCGGUAGGAACUGGUUUUUUGUCAAUGAAUCGAAUCGUCGAAUGGAUUCGAAUGAUUGAAUUCUUUCUCAAUUGCUAUUGCUGCCAGCCACAACCUGGGAAAGAAGUAGAAGGCAAGUCAAGCUAAACUUACGACAGUCUAUCUCUCGUGUUAUUGUCAAACCAACUAGCUGUAGCAGACUUGAAAGAGGAAAGAGAAGUACUAGAGUAUAGAUAGUAAGAUGGAUGUUGUAAUGGAAGUGAGCGAUGGAAUGGUGGAUGUGUCCAACAAGAGCCGAGAAGAAGAAGAAGAGGAAGAGCGACGACGCAAGCGACAAAAGAAAAAGAAAACCAAUCGUCCUCCUCUUUGUACUUUUGUCAACUACCUGGCACCUCCCACUACUACUGUAGCAACCCCUGCAGCUACUAGUAGUGUUCCGAAUGUUCCUGCCACUAUUUCCGAGCCAAGUACGGAACAUGUGGAAGAUGACGAGGAUGACGACGAUGACGUGAUGAUGAAGGGAGUGAUUGUCACGGAUCAGAACAGCAACAGCAUGGAGACAAGUCCCUUGUCCAACGAUCGUCCCGUCCUUGAUGAUGAGGAUUUGACUCCUCCGAUUACGAUUCCCUCUACUCAGUUGUUUGUUGUUGCCAAUAGUAGGAGUGAUAAGGACAACGACGACAACGAGUCGGUCGAGACGGUCAAUACGUCCAACAAAUCCGUCGACGUUUAUCUGCGACCGGAUGGAUCCUUUGAUCACAUUCCCGCCGCAGAACGAUGGAAGAAACCCCCGCCACCGGUUGUCUCCGAUAUGCUCGAGAAACUCGAUGGACUCUAUGUGACAUCGCGUUGCGAAUCGGAUGAUGAAUUGGAAGAACAACCUCGCCCUUUGCCAGAAAUUGUCGUCAAGACACGACGGCAUCGAUUGCCAUCGCUGCACAGUCAGUGGAGGACCAAACACAGCAAACGAUAUUGUUUGGGGUGAUAUGUACAAAAACGAACGAAACUCACCGCAGCAAACUUGCUUCCGUACUGUUCAUCCCUUCAUUCAUUCUAUCAUUCCAUGCUACACAACACAACCAAAACGAAGCGGAACUGGAACAAAAUACGCUCUUUUUGCUCCUUCCAACAAAACACAAAAAUGAUACACAUUCUCUACUACCUACUAGUACACAUUAAAAGUUUGUAAGCUACAUUAUUAUU